AUGUCUUCAUUCGUAACCUAUCGUAAUGAUAGUACAGUGAAUAUUGUUGAAGCAACCACGAAGGAUAACGUUACUUUUUAUCAAAUCGUAAUUAAAGUGGGGCCUGUGCAGUGGAACGUAUUACAUCGCUACAGUGAUUUUGUAGAGCUCCAUGAGAAAUUAGUCGUAGAUCAUGGUGUGGCAAAAGAUUUAUUGCCCCCAAAGAAAGUUAUACGCAACAAAACACCGAAAUUUGUAGAACAAAGACGUGAAGCUUUAAAUGAUUACUUAAAAAAUGUUUUUAAGUACUUGUUGCUCACUAUGCCUUCAGAAUUUGCUCACUUUUUAAAUUUUCAUUUGUAUGAUAUUUUCUUUGUGUUACAAGAGUUAGCUAAAAAAUUGUAUUUGGAAGGUGACAAGUUAUUAGAAAAUGAAAAGUCACAUAAGUUUAGUUUAUUACAGUUGCAUGCCAUUAGUGAAAGAUUUAAAAUGGCAUGUCCACCAACAGAAAAACAAGAUCAGAUGUAUGACUUUAGUCAUAUCUUGGAUUUUUGCUCUCAAGUUGGCUCUCUGAGUAUUGAAGGCAGCUAUGAAAAGUUGGGAACCAGCAACAUUGUACCUAAUGAACUACAUUUUGAUUUGAUACCAUUUAAAUCAUUGGUUGAUCUAAAGAUUCUUGGUGUUCCUAUGGAAUGCAUACAAAGUGUUGGCAGUCUACGUGAAUCAUUAACAAGCCUGUCAGUACACAUAGCCAGUGUUGUGUCUUUAAAUGAAUUUCUGCUUGUCGAUGUUUUGCACAAAGAUCCAUCUAGUCUAGCUGACACUGUGAUAUGGAAAAAACUGAAGACAAUAAAUUUUGCAAGCAACAGCAUAAACAAAGUAGACUGGGCGAUAAAAUUGGUUCCGAAACUGCAGCAUUUGAAUCUUUCAUCAAACAAAUUGCCAGAGCUCUGCGAUAUAUCGUGCCUUCAUGACCUGCAAGUACUCAACUUAUCUAUGAACCGAUUCGUUUCAUGUGAAAAUUGGCACGCGAAAAUAGGAAAUAUAGUUAAAAUUGACCUAUCGCAGAACAAAAUAGAAUCUCUCCAAGGGUUUUCGAAAUUGUAUUCAUUAGAAAGCUUGGACUUGAGUUGCAAUGUAAUAGAUGAUAUAGAGGAAGUGCAGUAUAUUUGUCGUCUGCCAUGUUUAGAAUAUCUAUGGUUAACAGCAAACCCCGUGGCAUCUUCAAUAGACUACAGGGUAAAAGUUAUAGAGCAAUUUAACGCGCGAAUGUCAGAAAUUUGCUUAGACAAUGAAAAGGCAUCGGAAAAAGAACUGGACACAGCUCGGGUUUUACAAGCUUUAAGGAUAGUCAAAGAGGGUAAGACUCCAAGUUUCUUACAAAGUAAUAACAGCAGUCAUAGUUUUAAUAGAAGU